AUGACAGAACCAUCAGUGAAGUAUUCAGGACAAUCAACCAAGACUAUUGUAAAUAAGGAUUUAAAUUCCCUAUUGUCUUCCAACGAUGAUGAUGAUGGAAAAAGUAUUUACGUGAAGAAUUUAUAUCCAUUCUUUUAUAAUAAUACAAUACCAAACUUUCACACUGUCACGGCCAAUAUGAGUAGUUCAAUCUCGGAGGAGAUAUUUACAGUUACUGAUUUUUAUUCUUCUGAUGUGAAUAGAGUAUUUGUGUUUGUGAAACUUUCAUUGGUGUUUGGAGAAGAGGAGGGAGCUGUUGGACAGAAUUUGUAUUUAUUGAGGAUAUUUGAUCAAAAGAUUAAUGGAAAUAGUUCUGAACAGUAUGAAUUUUCUCUCUCAGAUCAGAAAGUGUUUACAUUCCCUUCGAAUUUGAAAUGUACAUCCAUGAAUGUUGAUUCGUAUACUUCUACAUUGAUAUUGUCAUUUGUUGAUUUAACCUAUAUGGCUACUCAAAAUAAGAUUGGACUCUUUUGUCAAAAGGUAUUCCUAAUUCAAACAAAUUAUGGAAAUAUAUCAAUUAUUGAUAGUAAUGGAUUUUUAUUGGAAGACUCGUGUGUAAAAAUUGAGAAAAUAGAUCCAACAAUUGGAGAAAAGAUUGUAAAUAGUAUUGAAGUAGAUUAUGAAUCUAGAUUAGUGUACAUAUUAACGAGUGCCAAUGAUUUUAAAAUGCCCCAAAGCAAGAUUAUUAAGUUAUCAUUGAUAGAUCCAACAAUUAACAACCAACCUAUUGAUAUUCGUUAUGAUGGCUUUUUGGAUUUAAUAUCAAUUUCAAAUAUGUAUAUUGUAAAUAUUUAUACCGAGCUUGCUAACAUUAGGACAGCCAAGAUUAGGUUCCUCUAUGUUGGUGUGCACUACUUGAGAGGGAAUGAAGAAUUUAUCGUUUCAGAAGUGAAACAAAUAGAUUUGCUAGAAUUUAACGAGACGAAAUCUAUUAACUUUUUACCACAUGAACAAUCAGAGCAUUCCAAUAUUAAGGUCUCUAAAAGUGAUGCAACUGAAUUGUUUGUAAUUGUUAAAUAUUAUAGAAAGGAGUUUUGCAUCUUACAAAAAAUAGACAUGUUGGAGGAGAAGGUUUAUUAUCAAGAAAGUGGUAUGAGAUGUAGAGACUUUGGAGCUGGUGAUAUUCUGUUGGAUACGUCACCAUUCGAUUUGUUUCUUAUUGCCACAACCCAUCCUCAUAAUUACAUGUCAUCAUUCUCAAUAUUUGGAGGACCUUUUUCAGAGGAGAAACCACCAACAUAUGAAGACUUUUCACCAAAUGAUCCUAGACUCAAUUUCCCAUACAGAGAUCAGUUAGAUUUGGAUUCAACUGUUAAUUUUCGUUGGCGAUUUAUCUCACUCGGAAGUUAUACAACCUAUACACACAAGGACAAAUAUGGAUUUGAUAGAGAUUACUAUCCUUUAAUUGCUGUUGUAACUGUUAAUAGUGAAGUUCCACUACAACAGUAUGUUUUCCUCACAAGUUCAAUAGAAAUAGAUGUUUCCCGGCCGUAUUCAUCAUCAGAGGGAUUUUACAUAUUUGUUUAUGAGAAUUGGUUUACCACAGGUCUUGUAUCAUUCCUUUUAUUCAGUCUUGUUGGAUUAAUUGUUGGUAUUGUGAGUGAUAGAUUGGUAAGAUGUUAUAGAAAAUGGAAAAAGGGUAAAUUUGAACCUUUAUAUUAA